AUGAACAUCACGAAGUUCGUCGUCUCAUCGAGAGACAAGGCGCUGCUCUACGGCGACCACUCGACCUAUCGGACCCAGCUAGCCACCCGACUUCUCAAAUGUCGCAGGAAACUCAGCAUUGCAACAAAGAACCGCGGCAAGUUCCAUGUCAAGGAGAAGGUGACUGCGGAACAGGUUCGCGGCAACGAUGAAUAUCUCCAUCUCCAACUGCUGGCUGCCGAACGCGCUUGGGCGCAUGCUAUGGUUAUGAAAAAUACCCAUACGGCCGACAAGAAGGGCAUCUCCGGACACACUCGAUCUCACAUCGUCUCACGCCUCGAUAAAGCUGCCAAGACCGCCGAGCAUCUUGCCGGCGUACUUUCCGAGAGCGCAAGCGGAGCUACUGAAGCCGAUAUACUUGAAGCCAGAGCGUACGCUGCGUUGAUGAGAGGCGCGGCACAGUUUGAAAAGCAGAGCUGGGAGCCAUGCCUCCGCAGCUUCGCUACUGCGCGUGUCAUCUAUAGCGCACUGUCCACGACGUCAAGGGCCGACAUCUUCAAAGACUUGCUAUCGGAAACCAUCGACCCCUCCAUCCGAUACGCUGCAUAUCAACUCAAGACCCCACGGUCACUGCCUAUCCCGGCCAUCGCUCGCAGGGCGUUUCCGCAAUCCGAUGACGCUCUUGUGGCCCUGGUGAAUCAUCUGGAUCCUAAUGUGCUGAGACAGGGGGAACAAGAUGAGGAGCAAGGUCUUUCGGGUGCCGAGAGCGCCUCCAAAACUCUCACCUGGAGAUCUCGGGAAGUCCGCAUUGAAGAUGCCGCCAUUGCUACCUCGUGGGCGUCCCUGGAGACAGCCAAGGCACGCCUCAAGGAGCGCUUGACCUCAAAGUCUGAGCUGUCGCCGAAAGAGAUGGCCGCAGCCUACGAUGACGUGCUCAUUGUGAGCCAAGAUGCUGUCGAUGCCACUAAACAGGCAAUCGACGAGCUCAAGGCUGAAAAGGUCGAUCAGGGUGACCAGCGCAUGCAAAGCCUUUACAUCACCAGAACAGCCGUGGGCUACGAGAUGAUCAGCUGGAGAAUUGGCCGCAACCGAAUCAUGACUGGCGAAUAUGACGGUGCUCUAUUGGAUGGCGCGUCAGCGUCCAGAAGGAAGGCCUCGAAACGACCCACGGACCAGGACGAAGCGAAGAUGGACGCCCCCGGUCGUGUUAUCGCGCGGCUCAAGGAGAAGGUGGUGCUGUACGAUGGAACUUUGCAGAGUCUGGAAUCGAUCAAGGAAUUACCGGGUGUGGCAGCUGAUGAGCAACUCGCCACUCAAUUGGACGCCGCCUUCAACUACUUCACGGCGCUCAAGUCACUGGCUAUUGCCCGCUCUCAUUCCAUGGUGGGCAACCCCGAGAACGCGCUGGCGCUCACCAAAUACGCCUUUGACCGGAGUGAAGAAGCUCUACCGCAUCUCUCCGAUAAUGAGAAUUCUUCGUCUCCCGUUCGAGACAUUCGUGUCUGCCAAGAUGACGCCAGAUUCCUCCAUAAGGUACUGCAGGGCGAGGUUCAACGCUGCCGUGCGCUGGUGGACAUCGCGAAGCUGCGAAGUAAGGCUGUCCAGGGAAGCUUCCCGCCGAGCGCGGCACCUUUGAGCGACCGACUAGGGGUCUACCCGGCCGAGCAGUUGGAUCUGGAGAACAUCGUGGAAUACCCACCCAGACUGCAGACCAUCCCGGUCAAGCCUCUCUUCUUGGACAUCGCCUGGAAUUACAUAGACUACCCCAGCAAGAAGGCGAGGUCUCAGGCACCAUCCAAAGAGCAGCCCGCUCCACAGUCGGCGUCCCAGCCGGAGGAGAAACCACAAAAGAGGGGAUGGUUUGGGUUUGGACGUGUGCCCUCUCGGCAAUGUACUCAUUCACUCGUUCACGCUCGUUUUGGGACCUUGUUCUUCAAGGCUGUCGGCGACAUGCCCGAGUCAUCAAGUAUGGCCGAGAAGGUGGGAGAUGACCAAGUUCGACACGCAGGAGAAUCGGACGUCUUCAUUCCCAAUGGCCCUGACGGGCACAAGAAGAAAAAGAGCGUCUCACUGCGCACCUUCUUGCUGACGGUUGUGGUGUUUAUCCUUGCGCUCAUCGGUUUGGGUCUGGGACUCGGACUCGGCCUGGGCUUGCACAGAAACAACACUUACAUUACGAUAAGCCAGGAGCCAAACACAUUUGGGCUGCCAAAGACGCUGCCUACUGUCACUGCCGACAAGCUCAUCAACUCGGCCGAGCUCAACCUCGCGACUAACUUUGCCAUCUCCAGCGAGACCACAACCCGCAACUAUGUGCUUAAUAUCACGCAGGCCUAUGCGGCGCCCGACGGUGUCUAUAAGCCGAUGAUUUUGAUCAACGGGCAGUCACCCGGACCCCUGAUUCAGGCCAACACCGGCGAUACGAUCAAGGUCGUGGUAAACAACCAGAUGAGCAACACGAGCAUGACAAUUCACUGGCAUGGCAUUGAUCAGAAGAACACAACGGUCAUGGAUGGUGUCCAGGGGAUUACCCAGUGCGGGAUUCCUCCAGGCAAGAGUUUCACUUACGAGUUUCGGCCCGUCAACCAGCGAGGAACAUUUUGGUACCAUGCUCACCAGUCUGUGUAUUACACCGACGGUCUGUUUGGCCCCAUUGUGGUCCAUGAUCCUCAGGAGAAGGUUCCCAAGUACGAUGACGAAAAGGUGGUGUUUGUCGGUGACCACUACCACACCUACGCGACCGUCCUUGUCGACUCGUACCUCCAGCCGGGAUCUUUCUGGUCCCCGACCGAGGCCGGCGUCGAGCCUCUGGCAGACAACUUCAUCAUCAACGGCCAGCACACCUUCAACUGCAGCGUCACGUCGACGACGUACAACGCGACGAACUCGCUCUGGGACAAGGCGCCCCCCUGCACGGGCGGCAGGCUGUACAACACGACCGUCGAGAAGGGCAAGACGACGCGCCUGCGCCUCAUCAACCACUCGUCCUUCAUGUCCUUCUGGUUCAGCAUCGACAACCACAACGUCACCAUCGUCGAGAUGGACGGCGUCGAGAUCGAGCCCAUCCUGGCCCGCGGGGUGUACCUCAACAUCGGCCAGCGCUACUCGGUGCUCGUCACGGCCAACCAGACCGCGGGCAACUACUACAUGCGCGCCACCCUGCCGCAGACCUGCUUCCUGCCCUUCACGACGUACGUGAGCGCGGGCCUCGACAGCAUCGGCUACCAGGCGCGCGGCAUCCUGUCGUACGCGGGCGCCGACCCCAGCGCGGAGCCCAUCGGCGUGGCGGGCAACGUGACCAACCCGUACGGCAUCGAGAACAACCUGCUCCGGGGCAACGUCUGGGAGGGCUGCGACGACAUGCCCUUCGACAUGCCCAAGCCGAUGGACAAGGAGGAUGCCUUGAACGUGACGGCCAACAACACGUAUUCGAUCUUCUUUCAGUUCCGACAGGCGGGCAACAUCAACCGGAUCUUUAUCAACAGGACAUCGUGGAGUCCGCUUGAGACGGACGCUCAGAUCUGGCAGACCCUCAACCAGUCGUUCGUCGCGGGAAAGGCAGGUGGUUAUAACAGCUGGGAGUUCCCCCUUGACCAGCAGGUCCUGCUCCUCCCUGACGCCAACAAGGGAGUCCAGAUUGCCAUCAGUAGUAUGGAUGUGAUGGAGCAUCCCUUUCACAUGCAUUUCCAGGUCGUAGGCUGGGGCCAAGGCCAGUUCGGCGAGGGCAACACGACGUGGAACCUCAAGGACCCGAUGCGCCGCGACACCAUCACCGUGCCGGCACAGACGCACAUCGUCAUCCGGUUCCUGGCCGACAACCCGGGCGUCUGGGCCAUGCACUGCCAUGUCGCCUGGCACAUGGAGGGUAAGAUAUACUCCGCACUCUCUCUGCAUCCUAUGCAGUUUCCUCGCUCCAACCAUGACAAGUGUGCCUUCCCUCAUGGCCGAUCAGAUGGCUGA